GAAGAAGAAGAAGAAGAAGAAGUGAACCCGGAAUUUGAGCCUUAAGUCUGUUGUGUCCACAUGUGCACUGAUGUCAAAUGUUAGUAAAGGAAUAUAAAAGAAGUUUAACAGCGAAAUGAAAACUGGACACGUCCUGUAGACAGUGAAAGACACAGUUAGAAGAUGCUGAGUGACUCUGAGACUGCUGAGCUGCUCUCCUUCCUGACCCCCGCCACACGUCCUGAUGUCAAAGGUCAGGCCACUGAGUGCAUCCUGGGACUGUCUGGACACAGGGAUGGCUGCCGCUUCCUCCGCACUAAACCUGACUUAAUUGUUGCCCUGUUUGCGUUGACCUCUGACCCCUCUGUUGCCAUAGUCAAGAACUGUUACCACAUCCUCAUCAACCUGUCUGCUGAUGAGACUCUGCACCAGGUUUUGGUGGCAGAUGUUAAAGUUCUUCCAGUGUUGUUAAAGAACCUUCUGGAUCCAGAGUACCUGUUCUCUGAUCAGAUCUGCACCAUCCUGUCCAACCUGACCCGCCAUGAGAAGACCUGCAAGACUGUGUUCAAGGUCCUGCAGGAGGAGGCCGGUCUGGCUCAGCUGGUGGAGAUCUUCUGCACUGAAGGUUACAACAAGAAUGCAAAGCUCCACUACCUGGGUCCUCUGCUGUCCAACCUGACACAGCUGCCCGAGGCCAGAAACUACAUGAUGGACAAGGACAGGUGUGUAAUCCAGAGGUUGUUGCCCUUCACUCAGUUCCAGGCGUCAACAGUGAGGAGGGGAGGAGUCAUAGGCACUCUGCGCAACUGCUGCUUCGACUACGCUCAUCAUGAGUGGCUGCUGAGUGAAGCUGUGGACAUCCUGCCCUUCCUCCUGCUGCCGCUGGCUGGUCCAGAGGAGCUUUCAGACGAGGAAAAUGAAGGACUCCCUGUGGACCUGCAGUACCUGCCAGAGGACAAGAAGAGAGAAGACGACCCCGACAUCAGAAAGAUGCUGCUGGAAACACUCUUACUGCUGACAGCGACCAAAGCCGGCCGGCAGACACUAAAGGAUAAAAACGUUUAUCCAAUCAUGAGAGAGUUUCACCGCUGGGAGAAGGACGUCCAUGUUACAGCAGCCUGCGAGAAACUGGUCCAGGUGCUGAUAGGUGACGAGCCGGAGCAGGGGAUGGAGAACCUGAUGGAGGUGGAGAUUCCCGAAGACGUGGAGGAGAAACUGAAGGAGGCCGACGCCAAAGAACAGCAGGAGCUGGAGAAAGAGCCGGAGAAGAGACAGGAAGAGGAGAAGGAGGAGGAGAAACGACGGACAGACAGAGAACAGGAGAGUGGACUGAUAAAAUAAAACCUAAAAUAAGACCUGUAACAUCAGGAAAUCUGUUUCUGAAAGUGGUUUUCUGUCUUUCAGGCAUUCUGUUGGUGUCAGUUAAAUGAUCAUUACAGUUUUAUUCAGACAUGACAGGACGCUCAGUUAAAAAGUAAAACUACAUAAUGCCAUAAAAGAAGAGUGUUUUCUGUUCUGUCACAGGCUGCAUCAGUGAUGAAUUUUUAAACAUAUUUUCCCUGUUGAAGCUGGAGAAGCCGGGAGUUGUUUGGCAUCAUACCAUAAUCACCUUUCAGCAUAUCAUAAAAUGGUCUGAGAGCAAACUAGACUCCUGGGCCUCCUCUUAAGUAAGUGUAGCUCAUGAAUGGAGACUUUGGCCAAUCACAGAUCUUUCCACAGAGAGCGAGUGUUCCUAUUGGCUGCUCUACAAGUGCCAGUGCAUGUGCACGUCCUUUCAGAUGGACGGUGAGGCGUUUCAGAGAUGAGGAGGACUUACUGCACUUCUCCUGGACAGGUAACAGGCUGCUCCCCUCACACCACAAAGGGAAAAAAAACACUUCUAUAGACUGAUGUGUUAUGAAAAGAACUGGAUCAUUCACAGUGUUAAUUAAACUGUUUUUCUUUGUGUGUUUAAAAAUGA